AUGGAAACUUGUCCAAGCCUUACCAGAAUUGUUAGAUCCAAUAUCUUGUCAGCUAUAGCCAAUGACUCAAGAAUUGCAGCGUCUCUCUUGCGCCUUCACUUCCAUGAUUGUUUUGUCAAUGGAUGCGAUGGAUCAGUACUACUCGAUGAUACAGACACUCUAAAAGGAGAGAAAAAUGCAUUGCCUAAUCAAAAUUCGUUAAGAGGAUUCGAUGUAAUAGACAAAAUAAAGUCUGAUUUAGAGAGUGCUUGUCCAUCCACAGUUUCAUGUGCUGAUAUACUUACUCUAGCAGCAAGAGAUGCUAUAUAUCUAAGUAAAGGGCCAUUUUGGGCUGUACCUCUCGGUCGUAGAGAUAGCACAACAGCGAAUGAAAGUGAAGCAAAUAACUUGCCAUCACCCUUUGAGCCUCUUGAAAACAUUACUGCUAAGUUUGUUUCCAAAGGGCUUGAAAAGAAGGAUGUAGCAGUGCUCUCAGGUGCACACACAUUUGGCUUUGCUCAAUGUGUUUUAUUCAAGUCAAGACUCUUCGACUUUGGUGGCUCUGGCCCAGUCAACACAUGA